AUGUCUUCUCCUUCUUUAGCCGAGGAGCAUGACUUUACUGAUGAAGCGCCCAUUGUGUCUCCCAACAAUGAUCAUUUGCAUAACAUCGUAGAAGGGCUCAGCAACUUAAAUCUGGGGAGAGAAGGGAUCCAGCGCCCAACCAUAGUCUUGGUGGGAGGCCACGGCUAUGGAAUGUCUAGUGUUCUCGAGUCCUUGACAAGACUCAGUUUUCGCGGGAAAGGACAAAGCACUCGGGUUCCGCUGGUGGUGAAGCUUCAGAAAAGCUCCAACCCUGUCCCAGAGAUAUACCUUGAGUAUAAAGGAAAAAAUGUUCCUACGGAUGAGGAACACAUAGCUAAUGCAAUUGGCACUGCUACUGAUGAAAUCGCUGGAUCUGGUGAACGUGUAUCAGACAUUCCCUUAACUCUCCAUGUGAAGAAGGCUGAUGUUCUUGAUCUUACGUUGGUUGAUCUCCCUGGUUUAAGAGUUCCUGUGGAUAGAAAGAUCUCAAAGAUCUUGAAAAAGUUCAUCAAGCCAGAAGAAUCAAUAAUCCUCAAUGUUUUGUCUGCUACGGUCGACUUCACCACCUGCGAAUCCAUUCGCAUGUCAAGACAAGUUGACAAAACCGGUGAACGAACUCUGUCUGUUGUGUCAAAGGCAGACAUGGCUCCUGAAGGUCUCCUGCAGAAAGUAACAGCAGAUGAUGUGAGUAUCGGUCUAGGAUACGUCUGUGUCAGAAACCGAAUAGGUGACGAAAGCUUUGAUGAAGCGCGCAAGGAAGAAGAGCUACUUUUCAGUAACCAUCCAUUGCUUUCCGUGAUAAACAAGAAUAUCGUAGGCAUUCCUGUUUUAGCUGACAAGCUGAAGCAGAUCCAGGAUGUGAUGAUAUCCCGACUAGCUGCAAAACCUCCCCUGAGGAGAUCAACCCGGUCAAAAUUUCUAAACCCCUACUUGCGGUAA